UUUUGCAAACACUUGAAUCACUUGUUGUGUUUGACAUUCAAAACAACUAUUAGUUAUUGAGUUAUAUUAUUAUUGACCACAAGUUUAGCCACAGAUAUGUCGAGUUAACCCAAACUUUAUUAUUGUCAUUGAAUUUAUUGUUUUGUUGUUAACUUUAAAGCUAUUAUUAUUAUUAUUAUUGUUGUUGUUGUUGUUGACCACUAAUUAUUAAUUGUCAACAACUGAUCCCAAAUGAGUGUGUCAGUGAUGGCCACUGGCUAUACCUGUAUCCGACACUUCUUGUGUUUUAUAAACUUAUUGUUUUGGAUUUUAGGCAGUUGUGUAUUAGGUGUGGGCGUAUGGCUGUCCAUCUCAUAUGAAACAUACGCCCGUAUAUUGCCAUCAUAUCACAUCCUAUCGGCGGACAACUUGGCCAUAAUCGUGGGUUGUCUAACGUUUUUUGUGGCUUUUUGUGGUUGUUGUGGUUCAUGGUUUCAAAACAAGUGUCUUUUGACAACUUAUUUGGUCUCAAUUGUUGUACUUAUGAUUCUGGAGAUCAGUGUCGGGACAUUGAGUUUUGCAUUCAGACGACAGCUAACAAACACACUGAGAGAAGAACUAUUAGAUGGCAUUCGCAACAAAUAUGUGUUGAACGACACCAAAGGUAUUCUGGAGACUUGGGAUCAAAUACAAGUCAACUUUAACUGUUGUGGUGUUAAUAAUUACACGGAUUGGUACUCAAUAAACGCGUGGCCGGACAAAGAAUGGGUACCAAAUACCUGUUGCAUUCCAACACUUCCCUCCAAUGAAAGCAUUUGGUAUGAACUUGAAGACAAUGACAAUGAGGAUCAGUGCGGUAAACACCCGGAGACUGAUAUUACUCGAUACAGACGUCACGGUUGUUAUUACAAAAUAAGACAUUUUGUCUUAAAUAACUUACAUGUGGUCGGACUGACAUCAAUUGGUGUCGCUUUCAUACAAUUCUUUGCGAUCGUCGCCGCUCUUCUCAUAGUCUGUACGAUGGACUACAAGAAGCGCAACCGAUCGGUGUUUAAUCACAACAGUAGACCCACCUAUAAUCGUGUGCCCACUCUUUGAAUUCCAAUUCAUUACCGUUUUUUAUCAAUCAAUUACUUUAAAAAUAUACUUAAUUUUGUUAAAAUGGUUUUUUGAGAUAGUUUUUUAUAUUACAUAUUUAUAUUUAUUUUU